GCACAUAUGCACCACAUCGACAAUGCAGGCAGCACUGCCGGCACGAUGGGGGGCGAUUCAACGCAAUGGGGCGGCAGCGACGCCGGCGCAGGAGACAUCCUCGGCAGCGCGCGCAGCAUAGGGGCCGCCCCCGGCGCGCAUGCAGACGCGGCCUUUGACGAGGACGCCGCUGAGUCACACUACGAUGCCAGCGCGCACAACAUGCACAGCGGCCCGGCCACGCCCGAGGUGCAUCUGAACGGGGCGCACAAAGGGGACAACGGGCAGAAGGUGUCGGAGGAGGGAGCCCUGGCACGCACUCACAGCGGCGGGAGCGUGCACAGCUUCCCCAGUAUGUCCAGCCCGCCUGCAUCUGCCUCAAAGAUUAUGGGUGUGGCAGAGCCUGGAGUACCCCUUCCUGGGGAGCACCCCGAGGCUGAAGAGACCAGUUUAGACGGCGCAAGUGGCGACAUGUUUGCAGGCCUCAUGUUGGGUAGCUAGGUGUAACACUUGUGGACCUUCCCAUUCAGUGUGAUAGUGCCAUGUCUACAAGGUUUGGCGUUUUGACAUCAUCUUAUAUCAGGUGUUGCAUGCAGUCAGUUGGGACAAUAUUGUUCAGGCAGGAAGUUCAGUUUAUUUCCUGGCCUAUCACCGGAUAUCUUGUUUCAACAUUGUCCCAUAUUUGGCAGAAAAAGCGAAGGACAAGUUCAACAGUUGUAUAUGUUUUCUUCUAUCACAACGGAGAAUUUUUAGGGCAGUCCACUUUCAGCACCUAGAGGUGUGUGAUGAGACUGAAGAGUUCCCUUCC